AUGUUCAUGCGGGGCGACACACGAUACGACAUCAAGAACACCCCCUCGUGCCAAGGCAUCCUCCCUGCAUCAGCCUACGUCAAUGACCCCAUCUGGCGCGCGGAUGCUGGUGUUUCAGAGCUCAAGCUUCUGAGCGACUUGCAGCGCAAGGUGGAGAGCAACGAGUCCGUCCCUGCGGGCCUUGAGGAUUUCAUGCUGAAGGAGCGCUGGCUCAUUUGGAUGCCGCGCUUUGGGCUGGGGAACUCUCUGCGGGCGUACACUUCCGCGUUCAUCUUUGCUUUGCUGUCGGGACGGCGGCUGCUGAGGUGGAGAGGAGGCAACCACAAGCAGCCCACCUGUUUGACUUCGACAGCUCCUGCACGUUGCCACUUGCAUAACAUAACCUCCAUCUGGUGCAUCCGCUCCAAAGUGCUCUCUCUCCUCCUCGGCAAGGGCCCCAAGCCGGGGGUGCAAGAGGUGGUUGACAGGGACCUCAGGGUGGUGCCGCCGCUGGUGCUUGCAGGGACAGGGAUAGGGACGGAGCAGAGGGAGGUGGAAGGAGGGAAGGUGAAGCCGCAGAUGGUUCAGAAAGGGGAGGGACUGCGGGUGCAGUUUGACGUGUCGCUUCACAUCCGUGGAUUGUCAAUAGAAUGUGAGUACAAAAAAAUAACAAUAACAAUAACAAUAAUAAUAAUAAUAAUAAUAAUAAUAAUAAUAAUAAUAAUAAUAAUAAUAAUAAUAAUAAUAAUAAUAAUAAUAAUAAUAAAAAGAGGAUCAGGAAGUGCAUCUGGAUUGCCAUCCAACCACAUCUGGAUUGCAUCUGGAUUGACUGUGGAGGGUGAUUACUGCACGGGCGAGGAAGACAAGAAUUGCCAGAAGAGGGCGCAGCAGGAGGAGAUUCAGCGUGUGCAGGAGCUGAUGAAGCCCACCCAGUGGCGCUGCGUUGCCAGACUGCUGCAGUUCCUGUGCAUCAAGAAGGCCGCUGCAGGGGGUUUCAUAAAUGCUACAGCUGCCGCUGGUCGGUCUGCCGAUGCUACAACCGGUACUGGCCGCACUCCCAAAGCUACAGGCGGUAUUGUUGGAACAUCUGCCGCCACAGCCUCUCAUGCUGCUGCCGACACUGCCACCAAGACAAUAAAAGUGCUGCUCGCCCAUCUCUUCUGGCUCUCCCCUCUGCGGUCGUUUUUGAGGCGCCUCAAAAACGACCUCAAUGCUGCUCGCCCAUCUCUUCUGGCUCUCCCCUCUGCCCCAUCCCUGACUUUUGAACCUGCACCUCCCUCUGUUUCUUCCCUCUCGCAAAGCAGGGAGUAA